UUCUAGGUCAAAUGAUUAGUUCUGUGACAAGACAGCAUGACACUUUGAGUAUGACAGAAGCCCUGAUGCUGCAGCAGAGGCUGGGAAUAUUAAUGGCCAAAUCUAGAGAUCACAUGGUCUUCUAAAGAAGUCAUGGGUAGCUGUUGUAGCUGUCCAGAUAAAGAAACUGUCCCAGAUAACCAUCGAAACAAGUUUAAGGUUAUUAAUGUGGAUGAUGAUGGUAAUGAACUGGGUUCUGGCAUAAUGGAACUUACAGACACAGAACUAAUUUUGUACACCCGUAAAAGGGACUCUGUCAAAUGGCACUACCUCUGUCUCCGUCGCUAUGGCUAUGACUCAAAUCUUUUCUCUUUUGAAAGUGGCCGAAGGUGUCAAACUGGACAAGGAAUCUUUGCCUUUAAAUGUGCCCGUGCAGAAGAGCUAUUUAAUAUGUUGCAAGAGAUAAUGCAGAAUAAUAGCAUAAAUGUGGUAGAAGAACCAGUAGUAGAAAGGAAUAAUCAUCAAACUGAGUUGGAAGCUCCACGAACCCCUCGAACACCUACCACUCCUGGGUUCAAUGCACAAAGUUUACCUAACGGCUAUCCCAGAUAUCCAUCUUUUGGAGAUGCUUCGUCACAUCCUUCUAGCAGGCAUCCUUCUGUUGGAAGUGCACGCCUCCCCUCUGUCGGUGAAGAAUCAACACAUCCUUUACUUGUAGCAGAGGAGCAAGUGCACACUUAUGUCAACACUACUGGGGUACAAGAGGAAAGAAAAAAUCGAUCAAGUGUGCAUGCGCCACUGGAAUCAAAGCUUUCAAACACUGAAACAACGAAAGUGAAAGAAGAUCAGAUGUGUACUGAUGACAGAGAUGCUCAGGUUCUCCUGGAGCCUGAAGGAGUCAAGUUUGUUUUAGGACCAACACCUGUUCAAAGGCAGUUAAUGGAAAGAGAGAAACUGGAGCAACUUGGGAGAGACCAAGUUAGUGGCGGCAGCACAAACAACACUGAAUGGGACACUGGGUACGACAGUGACGAACGUAGAGAAACCCCAUCUGGUAAUAAAUUGGUGUACGAAAAUAUCAAUAGGUUAUCAAUCCCUAGUGCCUCAGGGGUCAGGAGAGGUCGUUUGACAUCAACCAGUACCUCAGACACCCAGAACAUUAACAACUCUGCACAGAGGAGAACUGCGCUGUUGAACUAUGAGAACUUGCCAUCCUUGCCUCCUGUUUGGGAAGCCCGCAAGCUGAGUAGGGAUGAAGAUGACAGUUUAGGACCAAAGACCCCAUCUCUGAAUGGCUACCACAAUAACCUAGAUCCAAUGCAUAAUUAUGUCAAUACAGAGAAUGUAACCGUACCAGCAAGUGCUCAUAAAGUAGAAUUUACACGACGUCGGGACUGUACCCCAACAGUCUUUAACUUUGACAUUAGGCGUCCAAGUUUAGAACACAGGCAGCUCAACUAUAUACAGGUUGACUUGGAAGGUGGUAGUGACUCCGACAACCCUCAGACUCCAAAAACCCCCACCACUCCACUUCCGCAAACUCCAACCAGGCGCACAGAGCUGUAUGCUGUGAUAGACAUUGAAAGAACUGCUGCUAUGUCAAGCUUGCAAAAAGCACUGCCCCGAGAUGAUGGUACUUCUAGGAAAACUAGACAUAACAGUACUGACCUGCCUAUGUGAGCCUGGGAAGCAUUAAAUCAUUUGCACCUUUUGUGAAGUUUAUAAAAUUGAAGAUGCAAGUAUUUGCAUUUCUUAACACUAACGCCUUUUAUAGACUCAUAGAACUUUUUCUGCAUACUUCAUGUACUUGUCUAACUAAAGGGAAUUAAUGUAGAGCAAAUAUUCAUUUAGGUAACACUAUUUCAUUCUACAGUAGUAGUUAUUACUGCACAGCAUCACCACCUUUCACAGUGCCUCUUUAAAUUGAUUAGAGUCUGAGUGACGUGCCAGUUUUGAAUUUAUAAAUAUUCCGGUCUGGUGCCUGUACUCAUUAAUGGCAUUUAUAACACUUUUUAAAGCCUCUCGAUAUGUGCAUUAUUAGCAGGUAAACCUAAUCUUUCAAGAUACUUAUCUUCUGUUCAUUCCUCAUUGAAGCGGCUCUUCCAGAAUGAAAUGCAUUAAUUCACUCAGUUUGACAUACACAAGAUAGAUUGGUUCAUCUCAAGGGAUAUAAACACCUGUAAACACCACACCUUUUUCGGCUGGGUUUUUUUUUUUUUUAAGAACACAUGUGCAAAAAGGCCUCUAAUUCCUGAUAGUUUUUUUUUUAACUUGUGUGAUAUUUGAGAGGCCCUGUCAAAGUUAGUUGAUUGGAGCUAAAAUGCAAAAUGCAUCUAAACCCAGCCUUAAGCUGCUUCUGUCAGAAGAGAAUUCUGAGUGGUGUAUUGGGUUCCCUGUGAAAUCUGACAGAAUUUUAAUCUCCUUAGAGUU